AUCAAAAUUUACAAAAGUUUUCCAAAACAGAAUAACUAAUUCUCCCGCCAUCAUGUCAUCAUCAAAUAAUCAGGUACUUGAGCUCGAUCCGGUUGAUCUAUCAUUGUACCUAGACGUUUGUAGUUUUGGAAUUGGCACGCGCUCCUAUGAAUUUACGCGCGACUGCACCCAUAUUAGCGGGAAUCUCAAGGAGUUUGGAGUUGCGGUUGUGAGAGACCCUCGAUUGAAGGCCUCCGAUUACGAUUGCUUCCUCGACACCAUGGAAUGUUACUUCAAGACUCUCCCCGAUAAUCCACAUUUGCAACACGAGGUUGGGGUGACACCGGAAAGAACGGAAGUUCCGAGAAGCUCUUUAUAUGAAGAACACAGGCCACUUACUCGAGUAGGACCUGAUCCUAAAUGGCGUUACUUUUGGAAAAUCGGUCCUCGUCCUGAAAACACCACUUUUAAGGUCUCUUUCUCUUUUCUUUUCUUUGGAAUGCAUGCAUGCAAUCUUCACAAACUCUUUCAUUUUUUCUAUGGCAAAUCAUUGUAA